AUCUCGCCGCAGAGGAUGUCGAGAUAGACGAACCACCAGCAGGCGCUUUUAUUUAAGGCUACCGUCACCUCCGGUGAACCUCCAACUCCAUCGUCAACACACGGUGUCAUCGUCCCUUGCUCUCUUUCUGCUUGAAAAAGAACAGCCCAAUGAAUUGGGUUUAGGGUUUAGGGACGACUGAACCCUCCUGGGAGAGUGAAAAAGAACCCAGGGCGAUUCAAUCAGCACUCUUUUCCAAGAACCUGGUCAAAGAAGAAAAGAUCACCCUCCUCGCUCUUUCAGGACGCGAGCGCGGCACUAGUUCUAAUGUAUACGAUUAGUUGGUGAGGAGGCGCAGAAAAGGUUCUUCAAGGCCAUGGACAAGGAUGAGCUUACCCAGUUGCGUCCAGGUGCUCAAAGUCCCGGAAUAGAAUUUCCCAGACAAGAAAAGAAAAAAAAGAACAACCGUGAACAACUACAGCGGGAAGCAGUUAAGGCUUGCCAUAACUCAUCUUAUUAAUCAAUCAUGGACCAGCACAGCUCUGGACCUGGAGAACUUCUUUAACAUACAUCUUAAUAAAAGAGGCGCUCUUGGUCUUGGAACGUUUUCAAGGGGAAAACGCGUGAGAGAUAAACUUCUCCGAGAUGAAUUUAGGGAAGGUCUAAAACAGCGAGUCGUGCUAGUGG